GUCGAACAAAUAAUUAAAACCACUAAUAUUCAUUACCAUUGCAAUGCCGCCGCCGCAUACAGCUAUUAAUAUACUCUUCCUUGUGUUGGUGGCCGUCGCAAUAUGCUCGGCGGCAAGAACGCUCGUCAAUCUUGACGUGGGAGUUGGGGGCGUCUCUGAUCUCAGCUUCGGGGGCUACGGGGGAGGAGGUGGAGCAUAUGGUGGCGGAUAUGGUGGGGGUGAAGGAGCGGGAAGUGGGUAUGGGAGUGGAGGCAUUGGAGAAGGAGGUGGCGGCGGUGGAGGCGGAGGAAGCGGCGGUGGUGAAGGUGGCGGUGGUGGAGCACAUGGUGGAGGAAGUGGUUAUGGGAGUGGAGGAGGAAGUGGCGGUGGUGCUUGGGGUGGACAUAGCGGUGGCGGUGGAGGAGGAGGAGGAUCAGGUGGAGGUGGUGGGUAUGGCGGAGGAGGUGAACACGGAGGUGGAUAUGGUGGCGGUGCGGGAGGCGGUGAAGGCGGCGGACAUGGUGGCUACUCGCCAUGAAAGCCCAAAGCAAUAAUUAGUACUGUAUUACUGUAAUGCGGAGUACAUAAUUUUCUUAAAUACCCAUAUAGAAUAAUGUUAAAUAACAAUGAUAUACCCUA